AUGAAGGGAAGUAAAAUUAGUGGAUUUAUAAAAAGGGCAAACCAAAGUAUCGAAAUGUCAAAUAUGCUGAGUAAGUUCGGGCUCAAAAGAAAAGACGAUGUAAGCUUUUCCGAUGCGUCUUUUUGGGGCAAGUCAAAGGAUUUCAUUUUUUGUAUAGUUGGCGGAGAAAUGGCCAUCUUUGGCUAUAGAUUUCCAAUCAUAAAUGGAGGGAUAGUUGCUUUGCUUUACGGCUAUCAGUUCCUCCUGUGCAUCGUCGAGGAAAUUGCAAACCAGCUUUCAAGCAUGGAAAACAGCACUGCCCAGAGCAUAGGAAACGAGCUGGCGUCAAACAGCCUGCUCAUAUUUGGGAGUGUUUUCAUACUUGGCCUGAUCAUAGCAUGCGUGGCUAUUUCUCUUUUUAAGUUUUUCAUGCGGGCGUUUAUUUUCAUUUCAACUCUCUUGGUGUUUACAGUGGGGCCUGGGCGCGGACUUUUUUCACAGUUUGGCAUUGUGAACCCUCUUCCCGCUCUUAUUUUGGGGAUAAUAGCUAGCAUUUUCAUGAUGAUCUAUCUGGAAAAGGUUCUUCGAAAGGCCGUCCUUGUGCUUCUGUUCUCAGUGGUGGGAAAUGCCCUUGUUUUUGUAGGAGUUGAAGAAAUCUUAGACAUUGACGGCUCAGUAGGAAAGGCAAUACUGGGUGGGUCCACACCGUCAGGGCCGUCCAUCAACAUCUUCAAGGACUUCUUCCUGUUCUGGGUGAGCGUAGCCGUAUCUUGCUUGAUCCAAAUCUUCAUAACAUAG